CGGGCCCGGGCUGGCAGUGGGAGGGCGCCGCUGUCCGACGCAGUCGGUCCUUCUGCUCCUGUGCUCUCCACCCCGGCUGCUUGGAAUGUGGAUCCCGGACUCCAGGGACCGCAGUUGAGCCAGCUUUGGCAGUCCAGGACCACUUGCUGAGGAGCAGAAUCUCCCUGACGCGUCCGAGAGCGGGUCGAGAGCCAACUAGGUCUGCCUGGGCUUAUGGAGGCGAAGACCAUCUGCAACCAGUGAUCAAAUGCCCCAGCUGCUGGCCAGGAGAUUCUGCUAUUGAACAGGCCCUCAGGUGCCCCCACCGCCAGUGAGCAUAGUUAAGCUCUGGAAUGUGCUCAGAAUGGGCGAUGACAAGGAUCUAGAAGCUGAAAUCCACCCCUUGAAGAAUGAGGACAGAAAACCACAGGAAAACCUGGGAAACCAAUCGAAAAGCGAGAACUUGAAGAGCAAGCCUCCGCAGUCCCGCCUGUCCCGAUGCCGCACGGUGGCAUUUUUCCUUUCCUUGUUUAUCUGUCUCUUCGUGGUCUUUGUCGUCUCUUUCAUCAUCCCAUGUCCGGACCGACCCUCGUCUCAGGGAAUGUGGAGGCUUGACUACAACGCUGCAGUCCCGUAUGACUUUCUGGCUACGGGAGACGUAAACAGGGACAAGAUCCAGGACGUUCUCUUUCUUUAUAAAAACACCGACAGCAGUAACAAUUUCACCAGAUCCUGUGCUGAUGAAGGCUUUUCCACUCCUUGUGCCUUUGUGGCUGCUGUGUCCGGGGCCAAUGGCAGCGUGCUCUGGGAGAGACCUGUGGCCCAAGAUAUCACCCUUGUAAAGUGUGCCAUACCACUAACGUCGGACAGUGAGGUGUCUUCUGCCUGUAUCCUUGUGGGAAGACUAGGUUCUUUCAUUGCGGUCAGCUUAUUCACAGGGGAAACCCUGUGGAGCCACUCCAGCAAUUUGGGUGGAAAUGCUUCUGUAUUGAGCCCCCUGCUCCAGGUGCCCGACGUUGAUGGUGAUGGCGCCCCAGACCUACUGAUCCUCGCUCGGGAGGGGCACGAGGUCAGCGGGGCUAUCUAUUCAGGCAGCACCGGGUACCAGAUUGGCCACAGAGACAGCCUGGGUGUGGAUGGAGACGGUGGCGCCCUCCUCCAUGUGACCAGAACGGGUGCUCACUAUAUUCUCCUGCCCUGUGCAAGUGCUCUCUGCGGCGUCUCUGUGAAGGGUCUCUAUGAGAGAAUCACUGGGAGAGAUGGCCAGUUUAAGGAAGACUCCUACUGGGAGAAUAUGCUUAAUAGCUCUGCCCACCGGAGGCUUCUGCCCAGCUCUGGAGCAGUUCGCUACCUGAUGAAUGUCCCAGGGAAAGCUGGCCAGGACGUGCUGCUUGUGAGCUCUGAGGCCUGUAUGCUGCUGGAUGGACAAGAUCUGGUGCCCAAGUGGACCCUUGGUGCAACUCAGGUUCUGAGAAAACCCGUCCUUGGCCACUACAAACCAGACACUUUGGCUGUGGUCAUUGAAAAUGGAACCAGUAUUGAUAGACAGAUCCUACUUCUGGACCUCAGUACUGGGUCUAUGCUGUGGAGCCAGCACCUCCCAAGCCUACCCGGGGGCCCACCAUCCACAAGCCUGAUGACAGCAGACCACCGCUCAGCCUUCUUCUUCUGGGGCCUCCAUGAGUUUGGCAGCGCCGAUGAGAUGGGUCCCCAAGACAUGCAGCACAGCCUAUACAUGUUCCACCCCACCCUGCCUGGCAUCCUGCUGGAGCUAGCCAACGUGACUGCCAACAUCGUGGCCUUUGAUGCCAUCCUGUUCGAGCCAAGUCGCCAUGCUGCCUACGUGCUCCUGACGGGCCCAGCAAGCUCAGACAUGCCUGGCCUGGUCACUGUGACCAAACACAAAGUGCGAGACCUCGUCCCUGGCAGCAGAGUGGUCCACCUUGGCGGCGGCAGCUCAGACAGCGACCAGGCUAUCCGUGACCGCUUCUCCCGCCUGCGGUACCGAAGUGAGGUGUAGGUGGUGGCGGCUGGAGUAGAUGGAGACUCCAACUGUGAAAACAAAGCCUCCUGGAAAGUUGGCCUACCCUCAGCCUCCAUGCUGACCUCACUGCUUGCCCUGUCAUUUUGGCCUUCUGAGAACUAUGGCCUUACCAGCUCUACCCAAGGAUGUUGGGGGCACCUCCAGUCUCCUGCCUAUACCAUAUCCUCCUUCAGAGGUCUCACUGUGUGACUCAUGUGAUCUGGUCAAGGCCAGUAGGACUCCCUGUGGUCUCUCUGGGCCAAUAUGGGCCAAGCCAGCCCUUCAGGAAGCCCCCGACUUAGUGCCUCUGCACCCUCUCACACUCCACUGAAAAAGCCACUGCUCUGGGGUGCCUGCCUGUGGUGUCUGUCCGUCCCUCUCCUUCCAGCCUGGCUCUCCCCUUGUCUGCACUGUCUCUCAGGAGUCACAGAGCUCAGAGGGUGGUAGGCCCUGGGCGGCUUCAGGGCUGCAGCUAGAACCUGAGUCUCUGAGCUGCUUUCCCAAAGCAGAAAGGAGCAUGUCUCCUGAGCAGCAAGAGUUUGCCCAGCAGAAGGGGUCUGGACUGGAGCCUGUGAGUGCACUUGAGGGACCUCUGGAAUACACGUUGAGUCUGUCUCUUCCUCAGUACACUGGACCUGCUGUCUGCACAGGCGUGUCCCUUUUCCUGCUCUCUGGUGCUUACCUGAUACAGAUCUCACCUUGUGCCUUGUUGCUCCUGAGGCCCAAGGGCUCUGCUCAGACCAGAUCCCUAGCUCUGUAGCCAAAGCAGUCCCAUGACCCUAGCCACCAUGGAAAACAACAUAAUAAAUGAUUUGCACUGAUGGGGGAAAGCCCCAGGA